UGAAUCCAUACGUGUCGCCGCCAUGCACAUCGUCAUCACUGAUAUCGAUAUUGCCCCGGCUCUGCAGUUAGUUGUGACGAUGUUCUCCAGAACUGCCUGGAACAAAGGAUCACAGGCGUGGCAUCAAUCAGACAGCACAGCGUCGUGGAGCAUCCAGCCAUGUCAUAAUCAGAUCUUUCUGUCACAUCCUCCCUCUCAUACCUUCCGCCUGAAGCCCACCGGCCGCGACUCUCACCAGCUGACCUCUGCUCGAUGCUCCUUUGACUUGUGGGAAGAGGCGCUUGGAUUGGAAGGUGUCAAGCUAGAGACAGGUCGCCGAGAAGUCCCGUCUGAGCCGCUGUUUCUCGCCAUCCCCUCGCUGUUCUUGGCCUCGCAAGCAUCGCGAGAUGGCAGAUUUGAGGUACUCAUGUCGAUCUUGAGCUGUAAGUCACCACACGGACCGGACACCCAGCCAACAUUACGCGCCUCUUCGCUUCGGGGGAGACUGGAAGCAUCCGAGGGGUUCAUUCGAUUACAGGCAAUUGAUCCCGGGAUAUGCUCAGCCGAUCCGGAAACGUCUCGAGUUCACCUUGCAACCUUUCUCUUCUGACACUUCUUCCCGCAUUGUUCGCAGAUUAUAUUCGUCUUUCACCUCGGAAUUACAAAUCUGGCGGUCCCAGGGUCUGUUCUCCC